AUGAGCUGCCAAACAAUCCAAGCAACCGUUCAAAUUAUCACACCAGUGGCAGGGACACAACUGAGUGACCAGGAGAUCAGCGAGGCAGCAAGCGCCUUGUCAGGGUACAGCACCGCCCAUAGAAACUUCACUGCCGGGGAUUACUUUGAUAUCCCAGCGGCACCGAGUGGUGUGUCAAGUGAAUGGCCACUCCUCAUGCGGUCUCCUUUGGCCUGGACUCCAACUUCAAUAGCAGAAUAUGGGAACUUCAUCUUCUGCCUCAGUCAGGGUCAGAAGGAGGAGGUAACGCAAGCUUUGAACUUCUUCAAGGGUCUUCACCUUGAUGCUCGGUAUAUUAACCCAAAAACCUUCCCACUCCCGUCACUAGCAACCCGUCUCCGAGGUGUCAGCCAUGACCUAUACUAUGGAAAGGGAUUCGUGAUCAUACGUGGACUCGACCCCAACGAGUUCUCGAAGGAAGACAACGCUCUCGUGUUCUUGGGCAUCUCUAGCCACAUCGCUCCGCAGCAUGGUGCGCAGACUAAACAAGGUCAUAUGAUGGUCCACGUUGUCAACGCGGACUCUACCAUCGCGCCGCUUGAAUCCCGGCAAUCCUUAUACACGAAUCUGGCCCAGCCAUUCCACUCCGAUGUCUUCAGCGAGAUUCUUGCCCUACAGACGAUGGGGUGUUCUGUUGAGGGUGGCGAUAGCCUAGUCGUAUCAUCCUGGGCCAUCUACAACGAGCUUGCUUCUACAAGGCCGGAUGUGAUCCGUACCCUCGCCGCGGCUGAUUGGCCAUUUGACACGUAUGGCCAAGAUCCCCCUUACUACCAACGACCGCUGCUCUUCUACCAAGACAAUCGCAUCAUACUCAACUUCUCAAGGCGCCUCCUGGUUGGAUCUGACGCCUUCCCUCGCUCAGCUGGCAUCCCGAGCCUAUCGCUAGUCCAGUCUGAGGCCUUGGAAGCAGUGAACACUGCAGCUGAGAAGAACCAGGUCAGAAUCAAGAUGGAGGCCGGUGAUUUGCGGUUCAUCAACAACCUCGCAAUGCUUCACGCACGAGACUCCUUCGAAAACGAUGACAAAUGCCAGCGUCACUUGGUACGACUAUGGCUUCGUGAUCCAGAGAACUCAUGGCGCAUUCCUCUCCCGCUGCAUGACGACUGGGCCCGGGUUUAUGGGAAUCAGGUGACGAUGGAGGGGAAGUGGCCAGUCGGUCUGCAUUUGACACGGGAACAAGUCGUGGAUAGGCAAGCCUCUUGUGGCCAAGGCUAA